AUGGCUGCCCUUAACAAGAUUGCCGCCAACAGCCCCUCGAGGCAAAACCCUUCAGAGCUCGAGACCUCUUUGGCCAGUGCUCUCAGCGAUUUGGAGGCCAAUACCUCUGAUUUGAAGGCUGCUCUCCGCCCGCUGCAGUUUGCAUCUGCUCGUGAGAUCGAGGUCGGCCACGGAAAGAAGGCUAUCGUGAUCUUCGUUCCAGUCCCUCUUCUUCAGGGAUUCCACAAGAUCCAGCAGAGACUCACUCGGGAACUUGAGAAGAAAUUCUCUGAUCGCCAAGUUAUCAUCAUUGCCUCUCGCCGUAUUCUUCCUCGUCCCAAGCGCUCCAACCGCUCCCGCACCCAGUUGACCCAGAAGCGCCCACGUUCCCGCACUCUCACCGCUGUCCACGAUGCAAUUCUUACAGAUAUCGUCUACCCAGUCGAGAUUGUCGGCAAGCGCAUCCGAACAAAGGAAGAUGGCAGCAAGGUCCUCAAGGUCGUCCUCCACGAGAAGGAGCGUGGUGGUGUUGACCACCGUCUCGAUGCAUAUGGUGAAGUCUACCGCAGACUGACGGGUCGUGGUGUCGGAUUCGAGUUCCCCCAGAGCAGCGCUGUGGAAUACUAG